UCCAUGCGACUUCGAGCCGUGGUCGGCAUGCCUCGAGAACUUGGCUCAUGUGGGGAGACGGGUGGGUCACGUGGAUGUCUUCUACUUUUGUGAAAAUUUCCGGAAAGGGUCUCAAUAGGGAUGUAAUUGCAAUACAGCUGGUGAAAGAUAAUGAGAAGAUUCCCAUGUUGAUUAUUGUGUUCGAUACCAUCGUUGGGUGUUAAGGUACCAAUUGUGGAUUUGAUCAAGAGAAUUACAGGGAAAUACUCAUCGUUUCAUUGUUUCCGAUCUCAUCUUUGCCCCCUUUUCCUGUAUAUGCCCAAGAGGAAACUUUAAAGUUACAGUAAUUUGUAACUUCCGGCCGGGAGACCAAAACGAUUUCCGACCACGUUCGCUCUCCCGAUUGCAUUUUGGAUCUCUCUUCCUCCUCCCUGACUUCCUAGACUGCCUUUGUUACGACUUCACAUAGGACCGGUCCUGCCCUUCCCGUCUCACAAUGAGUGCCAGCAAGGCGCAGUCUCAAAAAAUCUUUGAGAAACUCAAAUUAAAGCCCGCAAACAAGAUAUGUUUUGAUUGCGGCUCGAAGAAUCCGACAUGGUCAUCGGUGCCAUUCGGUAUCUACCUCUGUCUCGACUGUUCGGCCAACCACCGUAACCUGGGUGUCCACAUCUCCUUCGUUCGCUCCACAAACCUCGACCAAUGGCAAUGGGAGCAACUUCGACUUAUGAAGGUUGGUGGAAAUGAGUCCGCCACCAAGUAUUUCCAAUCGCACGGAGGCUCCGCCGCCCUGGCCAGUAAGGACGUGAAGGGCAAGUAUACCUCCAACGCUGCCGUGAAGUACAAGGAAGAGUUGAAGAAGCGGGCUGCGCAGGACGCUCAGCAAUACCCUGGUGAAGUUGAGAUCACAGACGUUCCCGCUGGCACUUCGUCGAACGGUUCCAGCACCCCUGCUGGUGAUGCUGAGGAUGAUUUCUUUUCCUCCUGGGAUAAGCCCUCGAUCAAGCGCCCAAGUAACCCCCCGUCACGCACAGGCACUCCCCCAGUCGUCAGUCGCAAUGCGUCUCCGUUCCUGAACGCUGGCGCAAACGGAAACGGCUCGCGCUCCAAGUCUCCUCUUUCGGGCUCCGACAAGGAAAGUUCCCCUGCCCCGGCUGCUAUCAGGGCUAGCGCUACUGCCCGGAAGACUACGACGACUAGCACUGCAAAGAAAGGCAGUGUGCUGGGUGCUAAGAAGGCGCCAAAGCUGGGAGCGAAGAAGAUUGGUGGAGCUGAGCUCAUCGAUUUCGACGAGGCAGAGAGGAAAGCUAAGGAAGAAGCCGAGCGCAUUGAGAAGCUUGGAUAUGAUCCCGAGGCUGAACAGGCCGAGGCCGACGCCAAGGCCAAGAGCACGAUUACAGGAGCUACACCUAUUGCUGCCCCUACGCCGAUUAGCCCCAGCAGGGCUAGGAACUCCCACGAACGCAAUUCCAGCGAUGUAGAGCGCUUGGGAAUGGGUAUGGGUAGGCUAGGAUUCGGCCAGACCGUUAGUUCCAAGCCUGCUGCGCCGAAGAAGCUAGGCUUUGGCUCUGUUGGCCCUACCCGCACAGCUGCCGAUGAGGAGGAACUCACCCAGACCAAGUCUAGAUUUGGUGCCCAGAAAGGUAUCUCGUCCGAUGAGUUCUUCGGCCGUGAAAGAUUUGAUCCCGCGGCACAGGCGGAGGCCAAGGAGCGCCUCAGACAAUUCGACGGUGCCACCUCUAUUUCUAGCAACUCUUACUUUGGCCGACCUGAAGACGAUCUCCCUGCUGGAGACGAUACAUACGGAGACCUAGAAAACGCGGCAAAGGACUUUGUCCGUCGAUUUGGCAUGACCGCAGGAGACGACCUCGAGAAUCUUACGCAGCUCGUCGGAGACGGUGCAGUCAAACUGCAAGGCGCUAUACGCAACUAUCUGAACAGCUAAAUUUGUGCGCUCAUCGCCCUAAAUCGAUCCAUACCGCGGCAAUAUUUCUCAAUCUUCGCCUUCGAACACCACUACUUUGCCAUGAUUAGCCAGUACCAUUGUCUAUUCACCCAGGUGGCGUUUUCAUCUCCCUGUCCCUUUAGAAAGAUAUCCUUAUGAACGGAACAAUGACCCACGUGAACUUCUGCGGACUAGAAGCUGUGUCUUAGCCUCGCUGGGAAAACGUUCGGCUUGUGCCCCCAUCCUAUAGUUCGACUGACUAGGCCGGCUUUGCUCUUGUUAAUUGUUUUUGAUUCUGAGUUAGUUGAAAAUUGUUUAAAUUGGCAUCUUCAUUGAAUAGUCACUGUGAUUUGCUAUGAUUCCUGUAUAUCCUUUUCUCAUAGGUAGUGUGCAAGGCGUUUUUUUUCCUUAAUUAAAACAAAAUAAUUCAUGCCAUAGAAUGGGC